UGGACCUCUGCGCUGGGGGAGAAAGGGCGACCGAGCUGGGGCCGAGGCGCCACUCAGGGGAUCGGUGACCCGGCCAGCCAGGCUUGAGGGAUGACCAGCCCUAACCCUGCCUGCUCACAGCAGAGCGGCCGGCAAGAGUCCGCCCUGCGCAGGAUGAGCCUGUGAAGGACCUGGGCAUGCUGGCCUUCACCAAGACUCGGGCAGAGGUCGGGGGACAGUCCAGGGGCUCAAGGAGAGGUCCAGAGACUGGGCUGGGCUGUAGCUGGGAGAAGGGUGGAGCCAGAUCUAGCAGGCCAGCGUGCCAGACGUCCAAGGGCUGCGGGAGAGCAUUGCCCUUCGUGCGGGGGCGGGGGCUCCCUGCUCACAGGGGAAACUUCCCACAGCCCACCGCCGCAGCCCGUCGGGCCUGUUUAACUAUGACAUUUUGAUAUCUUAGUUUUCCUAAAGUCUCUUGUGAAGAACAGGAAGACAUAGCUUCAGCCACCUAGUUUCUUUUAGAAACUAACUUCAUUAAGUCUAAAAGUAAAGCAUGCUUUUAAAAAGUUCAAGUGGUGUUUUGGACUCAAAAUGGAAAGGAACAUUACCCUCAGGUCUGCUCCUGUUAAGGGAGUGUGUCUUCUGAGUUGGGAAGCCCAGCUUUACAGGAGCCAGACCACAAUAAAACCCCUGGACCAGAAAGCCCCCCCCCCCCCUUAACUUGCCUCAGGCCUUCCUGGUCCCGCAGCCGAACACUCAGCCCCAGAAAGCCACGUGACUCAGGGCUGCAGCCUUCCUGCAUUCUCUGCUGCCUGCCUCUAAAUGGAGAAGUAAAAUGAAGAUAAGGUUUCCUGUGUGCUGGUCAUCUCCUGAACCAGGGCAAUGUUAGGCCAAGGAGUGGCCUCACCCUGCUUAAGGACUCUUGGGAAGACAGCCAUCAUAGCCAGACAUCUAAGCCUCCCAGGUCUGGGAUUACAAGCAUGCGUCACUGCAUCCAGCUCUGGACAAAGUUUGGAAGAACACAGAUAUCAGUGAAGAGUAGAGACAGAGGAGAGGGCUUUCUGGUAGGAGAGUCACCAGGCACAGGGCUCAGGGGUGAGGAAAUGAGUACACUAAGGACUGGGGCAGGUGGAGUACUGGAAACAGAGUAGGUAUGGGGAGAUAAGUCUGCAGAGUCCUUGACCUGCCACCAAGGGGAGGCAGGGAUGGGCUUCCAUGACCAAGAUCCAUGGGGUGACUCGGGUCAUGGCCUUUUGGGGACCCCACCCAAAUUCCUUACCCUGAAGGAGCCCAACUCUGUGUAUAUCCCCAGAGAGAUGUGGAGCCAGGGGAGCUGACUGUGGCAGCUGCCACAGGACCUGAAACACAGGCACUAUGCUCCCGACCUAAGACACACAAGACAUAGGAGAGGCUGGCUGAGGCCUGCCCAGGAGGGGCUGAAGGGAGGCCUCUGGGUCAGGAGCCUAUCCAGAGGUGUUCAGCAACUUUGCUGAGAGUUCUUGAAAUGGACAGUGUAUUUAGAAAGCAGAGGCCACAGAUAACAUGUGGAUAACGCUCAGCGAUCCAGGAGCCUGUGACAUUCGGGAGUUGGCCAGGGUGGGGGUGGAUGGGACCAGGGCAGGUCAUAGAGGACAGGCAAAGGUGGAGGCAGGGGUCCAGCCAGACAGUGCCUGAGCACCUUCUGCUCUUGGAGGGCACUCCUGGUCAGCCCUGGAAUGCACCCCUGGAGCAAGAACGCAGCGAAGGCCUGGAUCCCUCAUCUGGAGUGACUUGACCCUGCUAGAAAGAAACUGAGGCUGAAACAGGAUCUACGGGGACAGAAUUGAGACCCAGGAGGAGGCUACCUGGGAACAGGAUUUUUUGUAGGGCCCCAGGCCCUACCUGUCGGAGAAGGGCGGGCGGCUACGGGGCGGCUGAACGGAAGAAAAGGUUGAGCCGCCGCAGCAGGGCUGGUGGGCGUGGAGGCAGAAGAGGAGAGCGCGCCCGAGCUGGGGGGUUCGGUCCAGUCCGCGAGCCUUCGGGCCCCUCCCCGGCACAGCGGUCUGGGGAGCUCGCCGCUGGAUGGACCCUCGGUCGGAAAAAUCAAAUCGGGGGCGGCGGCCGUUCAGCCAAUCGGGGAGCAGAUAGGCCAGCUUCGGCCAAUGGCUGCUGCGAAUGCUAAUGAGGGCUGACGCCGCGAGGAGGGCCCCAUUCAAAAGUAGCAGCUAUUGUCACGCAGGGCCGUGCUCCGGGCGGGUCCCGCCGUCUGGACGCGCAGAGAAGGGUACGUGUGGACGUGGGGACGCAACCCCGGCGCCCAUGGCCGCGGCCGCGAUGGCCCAGCGGGGCCGCGUGCCGCCCGCCGCGACCGCGCCAGGCACCGAGGGGCUGCCGCGCGCCUUCCUGCAGAGCCUGCGCACGCUCUUCGACAUCCUGGACGACCGGCGGCGCGGCUACGUGCACCUGCGCGAGAUCGAGUCCCGCUGGCAGGGUACCGACGCGCGCGAGCUGCCCCGCGGCGUGCUGGAGGGCCUGCGCCAGGUGGCCCCGGCCAGCGGCUAUCUCACUUUCGAGCGCUUCGUGGCCGGCCUGCGCACCUCGCUGCUGAGCGCCGACGGCGGCCCGCGAGACCCGGCGCGCGCGCCGGUCCGGCCAGGGGAACUGCCGCCGCCGCCGCAGCGCCUAGUGUUCGCACCGGCGGACGAGCCGCGGACUCUCCUGGAGAGGAAGCCCCUGCCUCUGGGCGCGCGCCCUCCACCGGCUGGCCCGGGACAGCUGUGCGGCCCUGCGGAGGCGAUGCCCUGCCCGGCGGAGCCCGAACGUCCCCAGAGCGCAGCCCUGGAGCGGAGCCCGAGCGCGGAUGCCGGAGGAGCCGUGGCUGGCAGGGAUCUGGAAGUAGAUGCAGGAGACGCCUGGCGGGCCCCACGGGCCCGAGGGGAACGUCGGAGGCAUACGAUCACCAACGGAGUGGACUGUAGCCUGCUGAAGCAGAUGAAGGAGCUGGAGCAGGAGCAGGAGGCGUUGCUGCAGGGUCUGGAAAUGAUGGCCCGGGGCCGAGACUGGUACCGGCAGCAGCUGCAGCGUGUGCAGGAGCACCAGCACCAGCUGGGCCAGGGCAGAGCCAGUGUGGACUUUGGGGCUGCAGGGAGUCCCCGCCCACUGGGGCAGCUGCUGCCUAAGGUACAGGAGGUGGCCCGGUGCCUCGGGGAGCUGCUGGCUGCAGCCUGUGCCAGCAGGGCUCUGCCCUCACCCUCGGGGCCUCUGUGCCCUGCCCAGGUCACCACCUCACCCUCAGCCCCAGGCUGGCAGCAGCAGACCAUCCUCAUGUUGAAAGAGCAAAACCGGCUUCUCACCCAGGAGGUGACUGACAAAAGUGAGCGCAUCACCCAGCUGGAGCAGGAGAAGUCUGCCCUCAUCAAGCAGCUAUUUGAGGCCCGAGCUCUCAGCCAGCAGGACACUGGGCCUCUGGACUCCACCUUUAUCUAGCUGGGCAUUCAUCUGGUGGGAUCUGCCUGCAGCAGGACAAGCAGGAUGUGCAUCUAGCCACAACUAGACACAGCUCUCAGCCCUGUGGGCACCCGUGUGAGCCUGAUCUCUGGCUGAAGAGCUUCAGCCGGCCUGGGAAGAGCCCUUGAGCGGGAGCCUCCACUCUUGUGGUCUGGGCCUGCCCCAGGCCCUCCCUGCCAGAGCACUGACUGUUGGAGCCUUGGGGACCGCGUGGGGAGAGACUCUGUGCACCCUACAGCCUGAAGCUGCCACUGUCACUGGAUGAGGGAAACCCCCUGACAGCCCUGGGCCAUCAGGGGCACAUUUAUAGCUGUCCUGAUCCCUCCUGCCUCUGACCCUGGGGUCCUUAGUCUCCAGUAAAAGCACUGGUCACACUGGGCUGCACCUCCAAUAGUGGCCAGCAGAGGGCAGCGAGUGAGCUGGUCCUUUGCUGAGUGGCCUGCGUGGUGGUGUCUGGGGGUCUGGAGCAUGUUGGGGUCUGGUGGUGUGAGGAUGGGUGGGGAGAUCUGGAGGCCAGCCAGUAAAGGGCCUAGGGGCAGAUGCAGGUUGAGGUCCCGAGACAAGGUGGCUGCGCCUCAGGAGCAGAUGAGGGGGUUGGGGUUUGGCCUUUACGUGGGACUCUGCCUGUGCCUGUUGGGGAGCCCAGAGAUAGCAGUCAGGGUCUGAGUCCCAGCCAAGGCCGAGAAGGAACCUGCUGCCCCCAGAGCAGGCCUGGCAGGUUCCUGAAAUUGAACCAGGAGCUUGGCUUGCCUGCCCCUUCCCACAAUACUCUGAAAGCACUUGGGUCCUUAUCCUCUUGGCCAGGACUCCACCCCACACUGAGUCCCACAGCAACCUGGGAAUUGGGCUCCAGACCUUCACCUGAUCCAGGGGCAACUGAUGGUCACCAGGGUGUCUCGGGCCCAUUCCCGGGGGAGGACCCUGUCCCCAGGAGGGAUGUGGGUUUGGGCCUCCAGUCAGGCCCCAAGGCAUGGUGUGGGCAUAGCCCACCCACCCCACAGGAUGCAAGACCCCCAGGUCUGGGACCUGCUCAGACCUCCGUCCUCCCACACUCAGGUUGGCCCCAGGCCAGUGGGGCUAGAACACAUCCUCUCAGCCACAGAGAAAUGAACCGGGGGCACAGGAGGAGGCUGGGACCACCCCCACCUCCAGGCUCCUGCCCAACCCUGCUCAGCCUGGCCUGGUGGGGCCCAUGUGCAGUGCUGUCAGGGCAAGGUGGGCUCUGCGGGGCGGCUGCCAGAGCCUGGCCCCACUGCGCCUGCCCCUGGCCUGCAAGGGUGCCAGCUCAAGCAUGAGCCAGCCUCCUCCAGGGCUUGGACAGGAAGUCAGUCCUGAGGGCAGGUGCAGCCCCAGGAGGACUCGCUGCGCACUGCUCCGAAAGCUACCCCCGUCUCACCAGGUCCGACUCUCACGGCCCCUGGGUCGCCCCCUGCCCCACCCCGUCCAAGCCCCCACAUCCACCUAACUGCUGUAGUGGGCCCUCCACAGCCAUGACAGUUCCAGAACUCAGCCCCCACUGCACCUCCCCUGCUCCUGACAGUCCACCACUCAGACCCAGGCCUAGCAGGGUCCAGCCUCAGGUGGCCAGGCCACAGCUCAGCGGGCGACCUCUGCCACCUUGGGACUUUGUCCAGGAUGUUCUGUCUACCUGGAGCCUGGCUAGCCCCUGCCAGCCCUUAUUUGGGGUCUGUCCUCAGGCACAGGGCCCCGAGGGCCUCCCUUUUCCCUGGGGGUGUCUCACCCUUGGGGGAUUCAGCAGUUCUGAGCACCUCACAGGAGGCAAGAGACAACACGGUGAAAUUGGUCAGGAGACCCACGUGAUGACCUUCAGCUGAGGGGUAGGCUGGAACAAACCGGUGACAGAUGAGGGGCAGCAUGGUUCCCUGCAGGGUUCAGAAAGAUUCUCUCCACGUUUGCAGCCUGCAAUCAGGCCGCCCGUGCAACCCCAGAGAUCUAGAGGGAGAAUUUAAAGGGUCCCAGUUGGCAGGGCCCAGGGGCCUGGCAGAGGCCAGUGCAGAUCCUCUGUGAAGCCUCAGUCCGAGUGGCCCCUGGGGCGGCCAAGUGUCCUUCCAGCAGGCUGGUCCAUCCUUGUAGGAGGUGAGCAGCAUCACUGGCCCGUGCGCACAGAUGCCAGUGGCACACAUGCUACCAGAUGUGACAGUCACAGGUGCUUGCUCCAUGUCCCUGGGGGCAGGGGGCUGCCCUUUGAAUCACUGCUCUGAAGGAAGCCAGCUGGACCAGGACCCUGCAGUUGGUCCUGGGUAACGAGCCUGUGGGGACACCAUCACUGAGCCACAUCCCCACUCCCUCGUUUGUUUUUUAAGUUUUGAGACAGGAUCUGGCUAAGUAGCCCAGGCUAACCUUGAGCUUAUGAUCUGCCUGCCUCAGCCUCCCCGUCACUGGGAUUACCGGUGUGCACACCUGUCAGAAAUGAGAUUCUUGAAAAUCUGGAAGAAUGGUCCUUAUGGUCUCUUAUUCC